AUGAUCUAUAGUGUCAAAGGCCUUGGAGAAGUCCAGGAAUAUUCCAACAGUGUGAAGGGAUUUAUCAAUAGCUUUGAUGACUUUAUCGACGAGUGUAAUCAUAGCAAUGACACCAUAUUGCUUCGUAAACCUGAAGAAGAUAGAGUGAUCACUACGAGUAAUGCAUCGAUGAAGAUUGACAUGACAACGUCCGACAGUCUACAGGAGAAGUUUGAAAAACUAAAUAUUGAAGGGGAACUUCAGCUAAGUUUCUUAGCUGGAAUGGUGAAUCUUAGUGGAUCGGGAUCCUACAUUAAAGAUGAGAAAACGACUAAAACGACCCGAAGCAUGAGCCUCAUCUAUAAGUUAAAGACAAUUAACGAGAAGGUAAUGCUCGCCCAGAACAAAGAUAUAAUUGACAAUGAUAAGUUGUCCGAUGUUAGGCGUUUUGCAACACACGUUGUAAUAGGUAUUGAUUGGGGAGCUAUUUGCACUGUCACAUGUGAGUAUACUGAGAAUAAGGAUGUAACCCAAAAUAGGAGCAGAUUGGAUGGGAUGCUUAAAAUGAUCACAAAGGGUCAGGGAAAGGCAGACAAGAGUCACGAGGAAAAAGCGGAGAAAAUAGUGUGUUCGUUUAGAUAUAAUGCCGACACGGCAUCUCUAGGUGCAAAUCUUCCUGUCACAUUUGGAGACGCAAUUCAAUUUGCUCAGUCCUUACCUACCCAUGUGCAAAAUACGAACGACGGCAAAGGUGUUCCUCUAACUUACCAUAUCAUGCCACUGGAAUUUGUAAGGAACAUUUUCCCCAAUCCAAAGUCGGUUGCUUCUUUUAUGUUCAGCGCCCAAGAACCCCCAAAAAUCACAGCCAGUAAAUUAGAUAAGGAUAUUGUCAGGAAAGGUGUCAAUUUCUUUGACAAGCUAAAGAAAAAGCACCAAAUCGUUAAUGAUAUAUACGGAGACCUAACAAGUUACGAAGCAUUCAUUUCUGAUGAAGCUUUUAGGGAAAUCGAUGUAGCCUUGGGGAAAGUCGAGAAGGAAGAAGAGAGCUUCAAAUCGCUUCUUCAAGAGGUACUUAAAAAGGUUCGAGCGGGAGAACGAGAAGUACGUGCUCUCGAGGAAUUCGAGAAUAAAAUAAACUCUGGCGAUAUGUCUACAACAGAGUUCGAAGAAGAACUCGAAAAUGAAUUCAAACCGUAUCUGAAGGAAGUGGAAAAAGUCAGGUCUAUGGAACGAAAGGGGAUCAAGUACAUAGGUAAAAAAGAUGAGCUCCCAAAAGCAAGAAAGCAAACGACCUACAUUCUCUAUAUAACAAGGGAGAAUGAUGGAGAUGAGAGAAAACCGUUACAGAAAAAUACAGAAUUUUUCAUGCGACUUCAGUCCACAUUCUCGAGUGAUGAGACAUGUGAAUUCUUUGUAGUAGACCAAGAAAUAGUUCAUCGCCGUGUCUGGCCAGAUGAAAUAAACGAGCCAACAAUUGAGAAGUAUGUUAAUGGGGUACGGAUAUCGGCAGACCUCUAUGAUGAAGAAGGUCAGUACUUUGAGAGGUGCAUGGCUCAAGUUGUGGAUCCUGUACCAAAUAAUCACAUCCGUUUCGAUCUUACAUUGGUCAAACUUCGUUGCCCAAAGGCAGUAGCAGGAAACGGAAGAUGCACUGAUGACCCAUCUAAAUGGACGUGCUUGAAGUGCAAAGAAUUACUGAAGUAUGGGACAAUUUCGAAGCUCUUUUACUGCAAAUGUGGUGAGUCGAAGCCCAAGAAUACGCACUUCCGCUGCAAUGACCCUAUCCACGGUAUGCACUAUGUGGAGUAUCAGGAAACCCUUCAAGACGACCUAUCGAAAAUGAAAGCGAUGCCAGAGAUCACUGUGCUUAUUCUCGGGGAGGUAGGAUCCGAAAAAUCGAAUUGGAUCAAUGCGCUUCGAAACUUCAUGUUAUAUCCUGAUUUUGACAUGUUAGUAAAGGCAAUCAAUUCCGGAUAUUUAAAACAAAAAGGAGAAGAAAAGGAAGUGCAGGAAUUUACUGUUGGUAGAAGGCGGUAUCGUUUGAUUAAUACGCCUGGUAUAUGUAAUACUUUUAACCCCAAGCAGGAUGAAAUCAAUGCGAAGAGGAUGCUGAACCUCAUGGAACAAUACUCCGAGAUUAAUGCCAUAUGCAUACUUCUUCAACCAGAUAGCGAACUGCAGAAUGCGAAGUUCAGAUUUUACAUCCAAGAAUUCCUUGCUCCGUUUCCUAAAUCAGCCGAGGACAACAUCGUUUUUUGUUUCGCCGGUUGCAGCGGCACUUCCUACGACUCAGAUGAAUUCUUGCAUAUUCUUAAUGAAGAGCUUCGGAGACAGAACGUAACAAUCCGAGCAACUGAGGAUAAAUCGUUUUGUCUCGAUAGCAAUCUUGCCAGGAUUCUGUCGUCACUUCAGAAAGGCAAUGUCAGUGAUUACUCGGCAAAAUGGGAAGAAUCUGUCGCGGAAACGGGACGUCUUUUCGAGGCCAUUGAGGAGAAGAUGAAGCCCCACAAAGUGACAGAGACGGUGGUAAUGGACCAAGCACGGGAGAUCAUCUUAGCAACAAACAUACCCUUGGUGGAAGUCGCAAAAUUAAUCAAAGUCAAUGUCCUCGAGGCAGAAGAAAUCACAUCGCAGCUCGUACAUGAAGGGGAUCUUACUGAGCACAUAGGAUUUAAGGUAAACGACCUUAAACGAAAAGAACUAGACUACCCAAAUACAGUAUGCACCGGCUCUUCUUGUGUAAAAUUCGUCUCAGUGGGCCAGACGAAGAGACAACAUGCAGUGUACGAACAGAUUUGUCACAAAGCAUGUGGUCUUAAAGGUGUGCAAACUGGAAUAAUUGGUGACCAACGGCUCCGUGGGUGUUUAGCCAUGGGUAAUAAUGAAUUAUGUAGACAUUGUCAUCAUCGUUACGAGGAACAUAUGCACAUCACGUACGAAUUCGAAAUUACAGAGAAGGAAUUUUUGCCCUCACAGGUUCAGGAUAACAUCAGGGCAAUGCCCGACAUAGACAUGCAGAUGCAAGCAUUUUUGAGUGAAAUCAACACACGGAUUGAAGGGCUGAAAGAAGAACAAAAGACCCUUAUGGAAGCUGCAGCACAGUAUGCGUCUUUCCUCAAAGCAAAUGCACUAAUCGUAUACAACGAUGCCGUUGGUGACUACCUGGAAAUGUGUAUACAUCAAGAGGCAAUGAAACCAGACUACCCGGGUAAGGAAGAUGUAAUUAUGACCAUGCAACAAAUGAAAAACACAUAUGGUGAACGGAGGACCAUACUUGACAACGCAAUAGACAUGGGAGGAAAUGACAAUAAACCUGACACUGAAACAAGUAGAAGGUCUUCAGAAGAAGCUAUUUAA